AUGUUCAGUGAGGCGGCUAUUGAAGUUGCAAAAAUGGUCAUUUGUUAUGAUCUACAAGUGUGUGGAGAGUUCUACGCCAGAGAACUAACAUCCGGAAAGAGGUAUGAGGUGGUGUUUGUGGUGAAAGUAGAGGACACAAUGUCAAGAUUUGAUAUUCUCGCAAAGACGCAACUGAUGGUACCUGAAAAAGAAUUGCAAGAGCAGGAACUGCAGUUUGUUGAUCUCAUAAAAAAUGAGUGGAUUGAGAUUCGGGUCGGAGCUUUCGUUGCAAGGCCGCAUAAAGAGAAAAUUGCUUUCUAUUUGUACCAGGAUGGAUCUGAGCAAAAAAUGACGGGGCUUCUGAUUAAAAGUGCUAUAAUUCGUCUCAUAAACUGA